AUGGUUCAUAUACUGAGUGUGUGUCCACGCUCAAAAUUACUGGCAAAGGACUUCAUGUACUCUAGCUUCCAGAUAUAGGAAUAUAAAUUAAACAGAGAACAACUUACGAGCAGCUUUGAUGACAGCUGGAUGGGUUUCGAAGGUCACAAGAGGAAUGGGCAGCAAUCUCAGCUAAUUCCACUGUACGUGUGUGUGGCGUUAGGAUGCAGUGGAGCAGUGCUGUAUACCAUAAGAUUAGCCGUUCGCAGUCCCGAAGUGUCUUGGAAUAAGAAGUCAAAUCCUGAGCCUUGGAAUGAAUAUGCCAACAAACAGCACAAGUUUUAUUCUCCAGUCAGAGACUACUCGAAUAUUGAAAGCCCUGCCCCAAAAUAUGACUAAAAGCAGUAAGCAUGGCACAUUUUUCUUGUAGGAAAAUGAAUUUUAGGAACUACUGUUCACUUGUAAAGGAAAAUAUUAAAUAUAUGUGCAUAUUAUAGUGUAUGAUAAUACCAUCUGUAGGUGUCAUACUUCUGAAAUGUAAAUAAAGAUUAAUUUUCCCAGUUCCAUUCAGCAAUGCUUCA